AAAACUUUCAUAUGAACCAAGGGCAGAGAAAGAAUGUAGUAAAGGACUUUAUAGCUAGAGUACUCACUAAGAGCCUCAUUAGAGAGGACACUGUCAAAAUAGAUGGCUUCAAGGAACGCUUGCAGCAGAUCAUUGACCCUAACUCUCGCAAGUCCAGCUUUGAGGUAUCCCUCAAACGGGUCAGUGAGAUUCAAGAGCAGAUGAAUGGCCUGGUAGAGCAUCUUGACAGCAAAAUGGAUUCAGUGCUUGAGAAGAGAGAGAAGGAGUUCCUCUCUGCUUAUCAAUCACAUAUGAUUGAGGUCCAGAACGAGCUCUUACAUCUCAAGCGUAAAGCAAAUGAGAAAGAGCUGCAGCUCCAGCAGGAUGAUAAAAUUCUCUCACUGGAGCAAGAACUCGCAUGGAUCCGCCAAGAGACUAUGAAGGUACGUGAAGAGAUUGAUAACCAAGAAGUCAUCAUUAAGGAUUAUAAACAAGAGCAACAGGAGCUCUUUGAUGAUUCCAGGUUUUUAAAAAUGAACCUUAAACAGCAGCUUAAGGACAAGCUUUAUGAAGAAGCUAAAGAGCUAGAUGAGAAGGUAGAGACUUCUAAAGAGUCCAAUGAGGAUCUCUUACAGAUAGAGGACCAAAUGGCUGAAGAAGACAAGCAUGAGCUUGAGCCUGCCCAGUCUGAGGAGCCACAGGAGUUUCAUCAAGAGGAAUACCAGGAUAAUGUAGCUAAUCUUGAUGAGGAGGGAUUCUCUAAUGAUUCCAAGAAGAUCGUCAUGAAUACAAUGCCUCUCAAGACUGAAGAUGUCACCAAGAUUGAUUACAUCCUAACUGAUCUCUUUGAAAGUGGUAAAUCUAAGGAAGAAAUACUCAAUGAAGUCAAGAGUUUCUGUAUUGAAAACCAAGAGAGACGUAAAAGAGUGCUCCAAAUACACAGGAGGACUCUUGAACGAAAGCGUAGGAUAGCUCAGCUUGCCAGAACUACUCAGCCUACUAAGUCAGCCGAUAGUCAGAAGAACCUUGUCUACUUCAUGCAGUGUGUUGAGAGGGUCAAAAUGGAGGUGAAAGCACGUAAGAAAUGUGACUCAAAAACUCUUAGAACCAAGAACAGAAUCAGCCUGUUCAAUACAUCUGAUAAGAGAAGGAUUAUGGAGCUUCUCCUGUGUAAAGAGGACAUUCUCACAAAAGUACUGAUAAAGAUAUUCCGAAAGAUGAAGAUAAAGGACCUUGAGAAGAAAGUAGAGUUUGAACGUAGAGCUAACAAGUACCAUAGCUCUGCAAUUACCCACUCCUUCAAACGUACUGGCAUGAGUCAGAACAGUAGUAAUACUGGAGCUUUUGGAAUAGGCCACAGGAAGAACCUAGUUUCAUAUGGGGACUCACAGAGAAUGUUUCAUAAAUACUCUAAGGUUUCUCAGAGCCAUACUCCUAACUCCCAUGCUGUCAGAUAUGAUGCUUCAGCGCCAGUACAUAUGCUGAACAGGGAGAUUGACCUAGGCAUGAAGCAAGUUAACCAGUCUGCAAUCGGUCAAUAAGUUUCAAUUUCUCAUACAAAAA